AGCUCUGGGGUAUGAAGAGAAAGAAGAGAGUAGCCAUCGACCCAGGUCUUGCUGUCUGUAGUCUGGAUCUGGUCAUCUUCUCUGGAAAAGUAAAGAGCCCCAGCGCAUGAAGAGAAAGGAGACAGUAGCCACACACUCAGGGACUGCUGACAUUCAGGGAUGUGGCCAUAGAAUUCUCUCAGGAGGAGUGGGGAUUCCUGAACCACACUCAGCGGGAACUGUACAGGGAUGUGAUGUUAGAGAACUACGGACAUCUCCUCUUCUUGGGUCUUAUUGUGUGGAAGCCAGACCUGGUCAUCUUUUUGGAGCAAGAGAAGCAACUCUGGGAUGUGAGGAGAAAGGAGACAGUAGCCUUCCAUCCAGCUGUAUCUUCACAUGGCACCCAGAGUUUCCUGCCAAAGCUGUGCAUAGAAGCUUCUUUCCAAAACGUGGCAGUGGGUAGAUAUAAACAUAGUGCCCUUGAGGAUUUACCCUUAAUGAUAGACUGGAAAAAUGAUGGGGAGAGUAAAGGGCAUCAAAGAUAUCAUGAAGGACAUAUCCAAACUGAGACAACUGUCCGUAAUAUGAAUCUGACUACCCAAAAUUGUGAAGGAUAUAAAACACCUUGGAAAACAUCCCUUCUUAAUCCUGCUUCUUCUGCAAAGCAGUGUCUUUCUGUAAGCAAGGGCUCAGAUCAAGUGGUCAAACAUACAUAUCUGGAGAAUGAAAAUUUGGAAAAUCUGGAAAGUUACCUAGUCCCUGCUAAAAGUAAUUAUUUGAACCAUUUUGAAAAUAGGAUUGGAUUGACCCUUGAGUCAAAUAUUUCUGAAAAUCAGAAAUUUAAAACUGAAGAACAGACUACUGUGUGGGAUCCGUUUGAAAGGUCCUUCACCGAGCAGCUGACUCUCCAGAAUUACCAGAACAUAUUCGAUGAAAACGGAAUUGUUCAAUACAGUGAAUCUGAGAGAAAAUUUAACCUGGGUUCAAAUAUUAAUAUAUGUCUGAGGACUCAUUUUCCAGAGAAUCGUUAUAACUUUGAUAAAUUUGAGGAAGUCCUUUUUCAAAGCUCCAACCUUAUUGUAUAUAAGAGUAUGCCUAUGGGACAGAAUCCUUAUAAAUACCAUGAAUUUGGGAAAUCUGUUAACCAGUCCUCCAGUGUUGGUGAUUAUCAGAGAAUUCACAUGGAAAAAAACUCAUACAGAUGUAAUAAACCUGGGAACAUGUUUAGUCAAGCCUCGGGACUAAAUAUACAUAAUACAGUUGGCACUGGGCAGGAAAGUUACAUUUGUGAGGAAUGUGGCAAAGCCUUCGACUGGCACUCAACACUAUCUCAACAUCAGCCAAUGCAUAUUGGAGAGAAACCUUACCAGUGUGGACAAUGUGGCAAGGCCUUUAACCAGAACUCAAUGCUUACUCGACAUCAAAGAAUUCAUACUGGAGAGAAACCUUACCAAUGUGAACAGUGUGGUAAGGCCUUUAACCAGCACUCAAACCUUACUCAGCAUCACAGAAUUCAUACUGGAGAGAAACCUUACAAAUGUAAAGAAUGUGGCCAGGCCUUUAACCAUCACUCAAGCCUUACUCAACAUCACAGAAUUCACAGUGGUGAAAAACCUUACAUAUGUAAAGAAUGUGGCAAAGCCUUUAACCUACACUCAAAUCUUACUCAACAUCACAGAAUUCAUACUGGAGAGAAACCUUACAUAUGUAAAGAAUGUGGAAAGGCCUUUAAUCGGCACUCAUACCUUGUUCGACAUCACAGAAUUCAUACUGGUGAGAGACCUUUUGUGUGCAAAGAAUGUGGAAAGGCCUUUAACCAACACUCAAAGCUUACUGAACAUCACAGAAUUCAUACUGGAGAGAGACCCUUCGUAUGCAAAGAUUGUGGAAAGGCCUUUAACCGGCACUCACACCUGACUCGGCAUUACAGAAUUCAUACUGGAGAGAGACCUUACAUAUGUAAGGAAUGUGGCCAUGCUUUUAUCCAGCACUCACACCUGCGUCAACAUCACAGAACUCAUACUUGAGGUCAGAAACCUUACCCAAGUAAAGAAUGUGGGAAGGCCUUUAAUCACUGUUCAACCUUUACUCAUUACGACAGAAUUCACAGUGGAGCCAACAUUACAAAUGUAAAGAACGUGAGAAAACAUUCAAGGACGACUCAUCCCUUACUCUACGUCAGAGAAUUCAUAUUGGAGAGGAACCGUUAAAUUGUUAAGAAUGUGGCAAGGCCUUUAAGCAAUGUUAAACCCCGAUUCCUCAUCAGAGAAUGUAUGCUGGAGUGGAUUUUGCAAAUAUAAAGAAUUUGGCAUGGUCUUUAAUAAGAGGUCAAGCCUCAUUCAACAUCUCAGAAUUCACACUGAGGAAAAGUUAUAAAUGUAAAGAACAUGGGCAAAUUUUUAAGCUGCUCCACCCUUUUCUGUAUCUCAGAGUUUAUACUGAGGAGAAAGAUUACAAUACAAGGGGUAUGUCAAGCCUCUAGCUGGAACUCAACCUACUCAGUUAUCAUACAGGAUAGAAACUGUGAAAUGCAGACAAAGUUGCAGUGCCUUUAACUGGAAUUCAAUCUAUACUCCGUAUCCCCAAAUGCAUCCUAUCAAACCCUAGAUACAUCAUGACUGAGGAAAGACCUUCAUUUUAAAUAUUAACUGUAGCAACCACCAGAGAGUGCAUACACGAAAGUAACUUGAAAGAUGUAAAUAUUUAGAAAUGUAUGUAAGUAAACAUCAAAUGUCAAUAAAUAUCACAGAAAUCGAGUAGAAAGCAGUACAUGAGUCCAUCUAUUCAGACGUUACAUCAAAAUAUUCCUUAUAAGGAAUAAUACGAAGUUAAACACUUGUGUAUAUGCUAUUAUGCUUCAAAAGAACAAGUGGAUGGAUUUUUACAUGAGUACAGUUAAUUUUUGUAUGUGCUUUUUUUUCCCAUUGAUCCUAUCUGGGAUUUGUGACUAGCAAAUAUUAAUGUAUUUGUCUCAGAUCAGUUCAGAAAAUUCAUUUAUUCCUAGUGGGUGUGUGGAAGGAUGUGGCUGAUUGUUGUUGUGUCAGAGAUACGAGACACCCUUCUUCAUUUGUUCGGACUCGAUAUCUAAUUGUCCAUGGAAGAGGGACGAUGUAAUACACAAUAUAUGAAGAAAAUCUAAAUGCAGAUGCUAUUUGCAGUUAUAACAUUAAUGUCAGUUAUCAUGAAAGAGGUGUUCAGAACAACAUUCUUCUCCAUUUAUUAAACUAAAGAACCCCUGGAUAGUAUAAAUAAAACAUUUUACCAUCUGGUCUCUGAGGAAAAAGAGGUGGCAGUCCAGUAAAAUGUAUCCUCAUAAUAGCUGUAGUUACAAGUGGAGAAUGUCCAGGGAUGCGGUUGAAAUGAAAUUCUCACGGAUACCAGAAGAGGAUAGUUAAUUCUUCCCUAAAAUGGUAUAUAAUUGUAUAUACACAUUUUUUAAGAAUGACCUCAUGCCUGAAAAUUAUGGAGAUCACUACUUCCACACCAUUAUAUCCGCAGACGAGUGCUUUUUAACACUUGUAUUCUGCAUUUUGCACAAGGAUCAUAGAGUGCAUUUGAAAUUCAUAAAUUAGUUCAUGUGUGAGCUUAACAUAUUUUAAUUAAUAAAACACAAUUGAUCUUUAAUGUA